CUGUUAUUCAGUAUUAUUUUCUUAAUUAACUCACUCUAUACGAGCCAUAAAUUGGACAUUUUGAUUCACCACACUUUUACAAAAAAGAACACGAUAUCGGAUUAUAUUUAGUGGAGCGGUUUUCCGUUCGCAAAACAAAAGUGUUAAACGCGUAAAAGCUUUGUUGCCUGGCGCACUAUUUACACAUUUUUGUGACCUUGUUUUAACUCUAAUAAAGACUAUUAUCCCGCUGUGUUACGAAGAAUUAGUCAUGGUAAAUUGAAGAACUCGGCUGGCUGGUGUUUUUGCGUAAAUUUUAGAAGUGAAAAGCUGUAGUCUGUGAAGAACUUUGAAGAGGGCCAGUGCCAAGGUUAAAAAGCCUCCUCAGCGUUAAAAAACGUAAUAAUCACAGGUUGCAUUUGUACCUCGUCCCAAGUGAAUACUUCAUAGAGAAAAUGUGCCAUGGAGAAUGGGAAUGGCAGCAGAAAAUUUUUGAAAGAUACCAAAGGGAAAAUGGAUGGUGAUUUGUUAGCAUUGCAGUGGAUGGAUCAUAAAAAUAUCUUCAGUCAGGCCAUUAAAGGCCUGAGGAGAAAGAUGUCAAGCAGGUCAGUUAUUUCAUAUGAGUGCUUUGGACGGACAUGUUCACAUGGGGAUUGCCUUUGUACAGAUGCAACAUUAGCAUGUGAAGGACAUUUCUACCCAGUUCACAAGUUUGUACUAUCAACUUGUAGUGAAUACUUUAGUGAUAUAUUUGAUUGGACACCAUGUGUUAACCCAGUCAUAGUCAUAAACAAUAUCAUUAGUUCUGAGCUGGAAGUUCUUUUGGAUUUUAUGUACAAUGGUGAAGUGAAUGUUAAAGAAAAUGUCAUAUCAGGCAUAUUACAUGCUGCCAAUUGCCUGAAAGUUCGUGGAUUGGCUAUAGUUGAUGAGGAUGGUCAGAAAGCUCAUAUUACUGCAAAGUCUGAAGUUACAACUCCCCUUUCACCCACUGGUACUUCUCCUUUGCUUACAUCGAAAACUACUUCACCACCAACCCUCAAUGGACCUCCAAGGAAGAAGUCUCGAUAUGAUGUCAAGAGGAAAUCAGCUUCAUCAUCAAGUUCGCGGUCAUCAACUCCUACUUUCCGAGCCCCUCAACCGCCCCGUCAAACUCCUCGAAUUCAUACACCAUCUCGUCCUCCAACCCCUGCACGUACCUCUACUCCAGCUCGUCCUUCUACUGUAACUCGUCCUGCUACUCCUGCUCCUCCUCCUACUCCUGGUCGCCUUACACCCGGUGCUUUAAUCUCAAAUCUGACCCCAGUUUCCACAAUAUCAUCAACUGCGCCAUCCCCACCUUCAGUUCCAACUCCUCCUCCUUCUCUUGUGUCAAGAAUUCCAAGUCAUACAACUACAACUGUAGUUGCUACUACAUCAACACCUCUUUAUACCAAUGGACAAAUUCUUACUCCAGUUUUGAAUUCAAGUCUGCCAACUACUGUUUGCCAUCCAGUCCACCCCCCGCCUGAAUCUCAAAUUCAUCCAGCCCAGCUUCAUACUGUAUCCAUUGGGUUACAGAAUCAGAUUGCCUACCCACAAAUCAUUGUAACUCAGCCACAGAACCAAGUCAUUCAGCAACAAGGAUAUGCUUCUCAGACAUUAAAUUCAUUCAUAGUACCCACCUCAACUCACCCCCAAAUCGUUCAUUCUCAGACUUGUGGAGAUGGACAAAAUGUAAUCAUUGAUCAGCAGCCACCACAACCUGUUCCAACACAGUCUCUUCCAGUACACACUUCUCAUUCACAAGUAACAACAACCCAAGUUAACUGCGCACAGUAUGACCUCAGUCCUAAUGAAGCAAGUGAUAUUCCAGUUGAACAUCAUCCCCAAGAUAAAGAGGUUCUUCUUUCAAUCCAGCCCCAAGAAUCAAAAUCUCAGGAGCCACCGCAGCCAAGCCCUCAAGCAGUAGAAUCCUAUGAGCAUCAAAAAGAAGACCUCAAAAUGGAACUUGAUGAACCUUCAGAGCCUCCAGUUGUUGUCAAUGUAUCAAUUCCUGUGCACACUAGCCCGCCAGAAAUAAGUAUUCCUCAGAUGAAUCCCAUUGAUACCCUUAUUGAAGCUGUGAAGAUGGAAGAGCAAGAAAUUGUCAUAAGAACUGAUAAAGGCACUGUUGGUAUUCCUGAAUUUCUUGACAGUCUUGAGAUUACAGGAGAAGCUUCACAGAAUUCUGAACCAAAUGAAAAUCUUUAUGAGUUUUCUGAAGUUUACCCGCAGACAUCAACAUCUUCAGCACCUAGUGCCUCUAAGACUAAUUUGGUUAGUCACAGAAUAGAGCAGUCACCAUCAUAUUCACAGAGCAGCACCAGUUCAAAAAAAGUGGAGACAACAGAAUUUGUUUGCACUUCAUGUGAGAAGAAUUUCAAAACUAAGGAAGGCCUGAGACGCCACACUAAGAUCCAUCAUAAGGAGCCAUUUUCAUGUCCAAAGUGCAGCUUCACCACAGUGAUUUUCAGGGAUUACACGCAGCACAAAGAAACACACGCUGAAACAAAAGCGUGCCAACAUUGUGAUUAUACCACCAAAAGUGCAAAGGAAUUUACUGUGCAUAAGAGAAUCCAUGUUGAACCUAUGUCUUGCCCACUGUGCGAUUUCUCUUCCAAAAAUAUGAAGGACUGGGCCCAGCACAAGAAAACACAUCCAGAACCACAUCAUUGCCCCAGUUGUGAUUACCAGACAUCAAGGUUAGAUGCAAUAAAAAAACAUUUGCAGAGACACAAAGAAGACAGUCAACAUAGUUGCCCACAUUGUACCUUUAGCUGUGUAAACAAAGCUCUCCUGAGUAAGCAUGUUAAAUCUGCUCAUGGUAAGUCCUUAUUGAAAGAUGGGUAGGUUUACUUUACAGGCAUCUUAACACAUUUGAAAUGUAUUUGAUUUUGUCCAGGUCUCAGAAAUAUUAGCAUCUUGAUCAGUUUUGCUUUCACUAAGGAAGGGUAGAGACCUGCUGUGCAUUUAAGUGAUCUUUGUAUCAUUUAGGGUAACUAUUUGUACCAUAUUUAUGCAGUCAAUUAUAACUUAACUUGAAGAGUUGGUUUGUUUUGGAAGAAUUAGUAGUCUCUAUUAAAUGAUUUAGGAUUUUGUGUAAUGUAAUAACCAUCCUCAGAGUUCUCAGUGAAAGCCCACUUUGAAAACUUUAAGAAUACUAAUUCUGAUCUUUAUUGGUAUUUUUUUAAUGAAUUAUUGUCAUUUACAAAUUAUGAAGAUUUCUCUUGGUACUUAAUACUUAAUUUUCUCACAGUUUGAAACCUUUUUUUUUUUUUUUAUUCUGCAAAAGGACAUUAAUCAUAGUUGCAAUUGUCAUGAACCUGUUUAAUUGGAAAGCUGGAAAUAAUUGUAUCUGUUGUUAUUUAUUACAUAAUCUUUUUAUUGCCAGUCAUACUACCUUUUUUGUAUUUAUUCAAGACCACCCUGAAAAGGAUCAAAAUCCUUAAAACAAUAUGGAUUUUAUUCCUUAAGCCAUUGCUCUUCACAAAUUUAACAUGGAAUUGUUCUAUUUGCUUUUACCUUUACAUCUUCAGUACACUAGCUAUACUAUACUGGCAGUCCCUCCCCAGUUAUCGGCGAUCCGGUUUUAUGGCGCUUGGCAAUUUAUGGCGCCACAACAGGCCGAGUUCCGGUUAUUGGCACCGCAAGGCACCAGUAAAAGAGUUAUGGUGCCAUAACAUACCUAGCAGAGGCGCCAUAAGUGCCAUUAUGGUACCAUAAAUUGCCGAGUUUCAGUUAAUGGCGGUUUUCGUUUUUCGGCACGCCCCCAGGAACAGAACCCCGCCGAUAACCGGGGACUGCCUGUGAUGCCCAUUAGGUAUAGUGGAAUAAGUGUAGUAUAUCUGUUGAAGGUUCGCUUUGCAUCAGAUGUUAUUACACGUAUAGUAAAUGGGAUGGUGAAACUUAGUUUUACUUGUAAAUUUUCAUAACUUUAUGCAAUCUAUUUUGAAUCUGCAAUUUAUACUUUGUUGAACUCACUAUCUGGAUGCAGUUAUUUAGGAUUGGUUGUCAUUGGCUAUAAGAGUAAGUAUAUGUGUACAGUAUUAGAUUUUUAAGACUUGUAAUAGCAACAGCCUGAUCUCAUUGAACCCAACUAGUAAAUGCUUUUCAUGGCAGUAAUUUUUCUUGUCAUUUUAACUUUUAGGCAUACUUAAGAUGAUUAAUCUUUUAGAAUCAUUUAUUUUGUAAUAACUCUUGAACAUUCAAUAAUUUAUCAAGUGCUUCUUAAAUAUUUAUACCACACACUUUGAUUUUCAUGUUUGAACUUGAGGUAAAAUUUAACCCUUUUUUGAUACUCUUUAGUGAACAACCAAACAAGAAUCAGAUAAUUUUAGACUUUUUUUUUUCUCCCCUCAAAAGUUGCUGGUGAAUAGCAAACCAUGAAUAAAAUUGUAUGACUAGAUAGACUAAUGUUUUGUUAUUGCUAUAAUGUUUUUACCUAAGUUUAAUUAAUUGUAGUGUAAUGGAACAAGUACCACCCACUCUGCAGAAAAGGGAUUAAAUUCUAUAAAUGCUUAAAAAAUCAUGAGUUGACAAUGGCAAACCUGUGGAUUGUGUUUACAAAUGAUAUUCAUUUCUGAUUUUAGUUUUAUAUACUUUAAGUAUAGUGCAUAGCUGGGAAAAAGGCAUUUCACAUUAUGAUGAUACUAAUGAAUGUAACCUUAAUAAUACCUUAUUGGUCAUCUGUAAAGAGUGUAUUGAUAUAUCAUGAUUAUCAGCUCUUCUUCUCCAUGUCUGUUUAAUGUAGAGUAUUUAAAAUAUUUGGCAACACACUCACUCUGCCAUUUCUUGACAACGAUCUUUUUAUUUUAAGAUAAGUGAGACAAUACAUAGUAGAUAUAUGUAAACAUUAAUUUUGUAUCAUUUAUAUCUUAUGUUUUAUUAUAUAUUUUUAAUAUUGUUCUUAAUCAUUAAUGAUUGUGUGUGAGAGAGAGAGAGAGAGAGAGAGAGAGAGAGAGAGAGAGAGAGAGAGAGAGAGAGAGAGAGAGAGAGAGAGAGAGAGAGAUAUUAGUUAUUGUCUUCAAGGUAUUUUUAAGCCAUUUUGUUUUGUUACUGGUUUAUUAUUCAAUUUUCAUUGUUUUAAUGUUUGAAAAUCAAUAAAACCAGAACUAUUUAGGUAUAUGUAAAAGUUCACUGUACAAAUACCUGGUUUGUCAGUUAGUAAUGGAUUAUACCAAGUCCAAAAUUUCAAAUUACCAUGAUAUUGGUUGUUACCAAGUGUGGGAGCCCCAUUUAAAGCAUCAUUUUGCUGGUGAUCAAGUAUGUUUUUCAUGUUAUAGUUUAUAUGUCUCAGAUUUAUUUAUAUCAGCAUUUUCCUGUUCUGUUCAAGUCUUAACACAUUUGAUCUCGGUAUUGGCAACCUGUUUUAUUACUGCUUCCCACAUUUUUUCAAGACGUCAUGUAGACAGCCCAACAACAUUUAAUAAACUGAAUGCUGGUGAUAUGGCAAUAACUUUUGUAAAAAUGUAGCUAGGGUACCAUUAUGUUUUUGUACAGUAUGUUUAAUAUACUUACCUAUGUCAUUGCUGUUUUGUCAUAGUUUAUUUUCUUUGUAUAUUAUGCUUAUAGUUGUUUUGUAUGUUUUGAAGGGAAUGCAUUCAUGUAUACUGUACAAGAGUCUUACCUUUGCAAUUGGGAUGCAUAUUAUCAAGACCAGUCAUAUGGGGAAAAUAUUGACACAUUGAUAACUUUCGUGGAGAAAAAUUUCCCUUGGGUCAACUAUGAUUGAAUGUUUUCAAAAUUACUCGUAAUAUGAAAGAAUAUAAAUGCAAAAAAUACUUAUUAGGAAUCCUGUAAAAAUAUAAAAAAAUAUUUGGGAUAGCAAGCAACUUAGUUUUGGGAACAGAAAUUUAAUUGAAUAUACUAAUUUUUUCUAAUAUGAAGCAAGCCAUAAAUGUAGAUAAGAAAGGUAAUUACGAAUAUAAAAAAGAACUAUUCAGUAUUCCCCAUAAUCCCUUGAGUCCAGUCAUAGCAAGGUCAUCAACAAUCCAACCCCCUUCUUACUUGCAUGUAUCCCCAUAAGAUAUGUUGCCAUCAUCCAAUGAAAGGGCAAAGGAAGGCUGUCAUGAUCUGGAUAAUGAUGAACCUGGAAGUGGUGGAUGAUGAUGCUUGACAUCAAAGAUGAAGAGUGGGUUAACCAAAAGAGUUGGAAUUGGAUGGAAUCGGAUAUCCAGUAGGAGGCUGAAAUCAUUGUUUGUCAUGCACAUCAAUGGCUCUCCUUCAUUUCAUCAUAUACUUUAAAGGCCUUCUGAUCAUUGAUAUUGGGUGUAGUGCCAGCCAGUACUGGAGAUGUUAGAAUCAGGUUCCUUCAUAAGCUAAUGGCAUCCUCAAACAGUGCAAGGAUACUAGGAAGAUACUUCAUAUCAAAUUCUUGAAGAUCUUAUACCUUUUCUCUCUUUUGCUUCCUGCCUGAUCCUGCUUAUGCUCUGUCAACUUCUCAUUGUCCGCCAACUCUUUAAUUAUUAAACAGCUCAACAACAUCCACUUUGUUUACCAUGUCUUUUAAUGUUUUAACAGCCUCAUGAUAUUCUUACAUAAAACAGAGCUUAUCACUGAAGGCUGUACUUCAUCCCAAUUAUCAACAAUGAAGUUGAUCACAUCCAUAAUGUUAAAGCUCCUUCAAUAGUCCUUGGCAGUCUUAUCAGAGUUUAGUUAAAAGUUCACUACAUAUUCAGUUAUCUGAGAUUGCUAAGAAAGAUGCUUAAUACUGUAGCAAGAGAUGGAAGUAAUACAGGGCAAGAAACCUCUCUCAGAUUUUUGGAUUCAGAUUGACACUAUGUCUGGGACCAUGCAGGUGUUUCAUGCAAAUUUUGAAUAUUGAAUGAUACUUAGUGUAACAUCAAGCCAUCCUCUUCACAGUUCUUAAAAACAUAGUGAAUGUCAACAGAAGAUUAUGAAAUAUUCAAAUGGUUUCCUACACGUAGAGAUUGUUAUGAUGCUGUGUUGCUUUGUAGACAAAAUGGCUCUAAUUGUUAGUUUUCUCUUUUGGAGAGCAGUAAUUGAGAUUGCUAGUGCCUAUUAGUAUGGUUCACCAUGCAACUUUCACUUUCUCCUUUAGUGCCGGCACCUCCAUGACUAUGUUAAGCUACUCUUUGCAUCCUUACUGUGUUCAGCAGCCACAAUGUCACACUGCCAUGCACAGGAGAUCAUUCAUACCUUUUACUUUAGUCUUUGGAAUGGUCUUCCUGGCUGUGCUGUUGAGUCUGAAAUUCAUCAGUUCACGACACUUUUCAUUUACUUAUUGUACCUUAUUUUUUUAGUUCUGUUUUUGUUAUGUUUAUAGAUGUAUUUAUGUAUUUGUUUGUCAUUUUAUAUAGUUAUAUGAUAAUCUGCAGCUUUUCUUUUUUUUAUCAUAGGGUCAUUCUAUCCUAUGAAAUAAUGCAUUUAGGCUUGCUCUUCAUUAACAUUUGCUCUUUAUUAAUGAUACUCAGAAUGUUGGCUCAGACUGCAUAAAUAGGGUAGUACUAUCAUUUUUGAAGAGUUUACUCUAUUAAAAUUGCUGCAACAAUUUAAAUAAUGAGCUGCUACAACCAAGAUUCUCAGUAUGUGUGCACAGUAGAUUUACAGUUGGUUCAUGACUGACUCUAUAAGUAGAUUCUCUCAUUUACGUAUAUUCCACAAGUGCUCACUACACCAGAAAGGAAGUUUGAGAAAAUGAGUGUUUGAACUAUAGGACCUCAUGAAAAUAAGUUGUAACAACCAACCUUACCACACUUUUUGUCCUCAGUUGUUACUGUGCACUGUGAUGUAUGCUCAUUGAUUUACUGUGCAAAAUUUUUCACAAUUUACAUUAUCUUUUAUUUUAUAAUUCCUACCCGAAUCAGUUGAAUGUCAUUUGUGAACAUUGGCAUGUUUUUAUAACAUAGAAUAUGUUUGGGAACACUGGGAAAAUAGGUACAGGUUCUAGGAGUACAAGCUAUUUAUAUUGAUCUAAUUUGCAAUUCUUUCAAAUCCAUCUGUGUCAAUGAUUGACACAAAGUUUUACUGAUUGUCUGCGUUAGACAAAUAAAAAGUUGAACUUUUAUUGGCAUUCUUUAGUAAAUAGUACUUAAGAGUACUGGGUACGUACUGAUGUUAUGUGUUGUGGAAAAGUAUUGAAGUUAAUUAGUUGACCUAGAUCAACUCUUGAAGGAGUUUGCAAAUGGAUUUGAACUGGGAGUAUUAAUUAGCCAUCUUAGUUUUGUCUGUUAGUUCUUAUUUAAAGAAGAGAAGAGUAGAAUAGUGAGUUGUUUUCAUCAUAGUACAUAUAAUUUUCCUUUUUAGUUUGCCAUGAAGAGUUCAUGGUUUAUAGAUAAAAUGAAAUUUUUUUUUCUGUCAGUGAAAGAUCUAUUCUGUCUUUCCAUUCAGCUAAAUGUGUACGUAUAGUGUCUGUCAGCAAAUUUCCAGCACUAAAGCCUCUUGUUCCUUAAAGAAAUUGUAAAGUCAUAGAUGCUGAACAACUGUGGUAGGUUUCCAGUUCUAGCCCAUAAGGUCUAAACUUCAUAAUCAAUCAAUGCGUGUUUGGCUUGUUGCGGGGCAACAGUUUGGAUUUAAUUACACUGGAGCAGCACAUCUUUACACUCUGUUACUUACUCGCAUGGAUAUCAUACUUACAAGGUCUAUAAUGCUGUGGUCAAGAGACAAAGAAUGUCUGAAGCUGCUGAUUUGUAUGAUUAGUAAAAGAAGAGUUGUCCAUUAAAACUUAGUUCAUCAUAGGUUACUUUUGUUACAUCUAGAAUUGACCUGCAGUUUUUUAAUGUUAUUUUUAUAUGGAUUGAGUAUAUAAUCUAAAAUUGCUCAAUCCUGAGUCAUAAAUCUGACUGCAGCCAGCCAUGUUAUAUGCGAUGACCAGACUCACUGUAGUUUGUUUAUUUUUUCUCUCUCUCAUUCUGUUUUAACCAGUGCCAAAUUGUGUGUCCAUUGACCUAGCUGCUUUAGAGAAGAUUAGCUGAGCCGAAAGUCCUUAAGUAACCACAGUCUCUUGGCUAGCUUAUGCAUCCCUGCCAUCCACUGGCUUUUCACUAACCUAUGGUAGCUUUAAUGCACUGCUCUGUGUAAAAAAGUCCUGUAAGCUUCAUAAACUUAUGGCUGCUUAAAUUUAAGUCUGUCAGAGGACUGUGUUUUCAUUCUAUAGCCAUUUGACAAGACUUUUCUUUCUUUCUUUCUUUCUUUCUUUCUUUCUUUCUUUCUUUCUUUCUUUCUUUCUUUCUUUCCAGGAGAAGUAACAGAGAACUUCCGCUUCAUAGUGUAUUAGGAGACAACAACUAAAGAACCUUAAUUCCAUGGUAGCAUAUUUUUAUUUGAAGUCAUAAAAAUGUUUAAGUCAUUUAUGUUUUAAGCAAUAUAUGUUUUGUAGUUAAUACUCUUUUACAAAGAGCUUCUUUGCUGCUUACAUUUAAUUCUCUUUGGAAUUACUAUAUGUAAGUAGAAAGCAUCCAGGUCAGUGAACUUUGCAUCGUUUCUCAAAAUGGAAGCUAUUCAGUAACUAGAUAACCACUGUUAUUUAGAUAACGUGAAAUUCUGGACUUUGGUAAAAUUCAUCAGGAUACAAAAAGUACUUAUAAAGCAAUUUAGUAUUAUUUUUUAAAUCAUUGUUGUAGAGAUCUUUGAUGUUUGUAGUUAUCUGUAUUGCUGCUACACUACCAGAAUUAUAAACAAAGGCUUGUGUUUAAAGCAUAAACUUAUUUCUUACUCACAAUUAAAGGAAUGACUUAGCAUAAAAUCUUAAAGUUGGGAAUGUAAAAUGUUUCUUGGAAAUUUAUUUUACCAAUUUUUAAGCUGAAUUAUAUACAUAUCUAUAUCCCAAUACCAUUUUCAUUUUGAGAGUAUGAGCUAUUAUUACAGUAAUUUUUUUUAUUUAAGAAUUAAUUUCAUAUUAUAUUUUAAAGUUAGAUUUUUUCUUUAUAUGUCAUAUGAGUUCAUGUGUAAUACAGUAGCAAUUCAUAUUAGAAAAAAAUUUAGUACCACAUAAGUUUGGAACAAUAUGCACAGGCACAGAAUUAGUCAUUAUCAAAGAGAGUUUUGUUUCAGGUCUGAUGCUUGGUAAUUAUUGUUAGUACAGUAAUAUCAUUCAAUUUAGAUGGUUUGUGAAGAAUAGUCAUGUAGAGCCCGACAGUCAUUUUGGAGUAGUUCAGAAAACGGCUUCCUUGAUCAAAAAAGGAGGUAAAUUUUAUUUUGCAUAAAGUAUAUUUUGAGCAGUGUUUGUGGUCAUUUGAUUACUGAGAAUGUUUUACAUAAGUCAUUUAGGAGUUGUAUCAAAGUGUCACUCAGCUGAGAUGUAGUUCUGGAGAGUUUGACCAAACACAGUUUUCAUUGAUUCUAAUAUGAGGGAACCCUUCACUGGUCCUGGAACCUCAAAGCAUCAGAGGUCACGCAGAAAGCUAGAAAGAUGGCAGUCUUCUCAAAAAUAUUCAUAGUCUUUUAUUAGUGGGUGAAUGAUGACCAUUGUUAUGAAUGUACUCCUACAAUACAUAUGACUGAUUAAAUACAUACGACUGAUUUAUCACCAAAUGAGAAUUGCAGCACAGAAACUCAAGCUGAAAAUAUACUUUUGAUAUGGGCUUUUUGUUUUAACACAUGCUUGAAAGUCUUCAAUUGAUAAAGUGGUGUAAAGCAAUGCAAUGCUGUUUGGAACAUACCACCCACACUUUUCAGAGAUGUCCUUUUAUUUGUUAGAGACCAGAACUUAGUGGUGAUUGGAAGUGUUAGAAUCUAUCUAAGGAGACACCACAGAGGCAGUUUCCAUCAUAUUGUUUAGCUAGAGUGUGGAAAGGUAUGCCAGAAGAUCAAAGGGGAGUAACUGCAGGACUUGCGACUUGCAUACUCUCAGUCCCAAUUCGCUUGAUGAAGGAAAUAUUUAUGAUACAAUAUAUUUAUAGUGUUGGGCAACCACCUAUUAAUAAUAAUGGGCAACCGUGGUUAUGGAUUAAUUUGUGUAUGUUCUCUAGAGGGCCCUUUACUGCAUAUCAUCCAUUAAUUUGAACAGCAAGCAAUUUGCUCCUUGUGAUGCAGAAAUAACCAGUAUGUAUAAAGUCAAGGGGUAUAUCUAUCGUUCAUCUAGAAAAAUGAAAAAUAAAUUUACCCCCUGACCUUAUGCUUUGGAUGGAGGAGAAGAUGCACUUGUAAAGAUUUCAUUGUCAUCCACAGAUUUUAAUGGAUCUUUCCAUAUACUACAGUGCCCAUACCUAGAACUUUGUUGAGUUACUUGUGGGUUAGGCUCUCCCACUCUUAUUUAGGAAUUCAUCAGUUUGAUGACUGUGGGAGUAUGCUGGACACAUUCAAGGAGGGGAGGGAAACAUUCCUUUUUAGGAUCCUGAAUAAUCUUAUCCUUUUGUUUUUCAGUCAACAUUAUCACAAUCACUGCAUCCUCAUUAAUGGGAAAAGUUUUUUACCACAUCUUAUCUGAGAGAGUAGUUUGUCUUGACUGCUAGAUCAAAGAUAGUUUCGUAAAAUGUUGCAGGGUUGCAUAGUUGCUGUGCCAUUUCUAACUUGUGGUGUUGAAUUUUAUAACAAUUUUUAUGGUAAUGAGGUUUUAGUCAUUAAGUAAUAUUUUGGUCUUGAUGUAUAAAUUUGUCUGAACCUUUGUCAGUUGUUUAGUUUGCUAAAAUCAGAAUUUACCUACAAUUACUGAAUAAAGUUAAGAUUUUGAAGAUUAAUAGAAAGAUUUUAUUGAUAGGCUUUCAGUAUUUAUUAUUUUCAUAUUUUCCGUUUACAUAUUCAAAAUACUGCAUUUUUCUAAGUAUGGUUUUUAAUUGAAAUAUGAAAACCAGUACUAUUUCCAAAGUAUAUUGAAAUAGAAUCAAAACCACAAAAGUAGUUUUCUCAUACACUUAUAUGAAGAAAAAAUUCUUUUCUUCUUUAUAUAUAAAAGCCUUUUGACUUUAUUUAACAAGGGUUAUUUGUUCGGAAGUUAUGACAAUUCCUACUAGAAAAUAAGUAUUUUGGGGUCUUGCCACUUUGGAAAUAAUUUAUAUGUUUAUUUGAGCUGAAACAAAAAUUCAAAACUAUGUUUCCCAAGUAGAAAUGGGCAUAUAUACAUGUUUACAUUACAUUAUACAGUAUCAUAAGUUUAGGAGUCUUUUUUUAUACAGUGAAGCUCACUGAACAGCAAGGCCAGCUCUACUAUUUUAGCUGAAAAUUUAUUGGUACUCUUCAACUCUUCAAGUGAAACAGAUUUACUUAUUAGGUACACAUAACCGCGUACUCCACAUGCCCAUGCCUCAUUGUGUUACUUAUAUUUGUAAUAUUACAUCAUGUGAAGGUGUGAAAUUAUGAAAUUUGAGUAUACUUAUAAAGAAAUGAUGAUUCUGUGUCAUUAGUAUGUUCCAGCUCUCUCUCUCUCUCUCUCUCUCUCUCUCUCUCUCUCUCUCUCUCUCUCUCUCUCUCUCUCUCUCUCUCUCUCUCUCUCUCUCUCUCUCUCUCUCUCUUUUAUUUUGAAAUCCCAAUUGAUGUAGGUAGUAGGAAUUUUUUGUAUAAGUCAUUGUAAAUUGUGUUAAGAAAUGCUUGAAGGCGCUCAAUGUGUAUUGCUGAUAUCACUAAGGGACUUACAUAUAUCCUGUACAUAAAACAUUCAUUACAAGCGUAUUGCUUUGAAGUGUGUGUUAUAAUCUUAAGAUUAUAUAAAUUGGUCUUUUCAUCAUAAUCCUCAUGUUCCAAUGCAAAGCACAAAUCAGUUUAAUAUUAUUUUUGUCAUCAUUAUUGAUAAUGUUGUAAUUGCAUUCAAAAGAUCUCCCAUUGAUGUGUUGACCUAGCCCUUGGUCAGUGUUCAGCAACUGUUUGUCAAUGGUUUUGUGAAUGAACAUCAAACAAAAAGGUUCUGGAAUCAAAGAACACAAGUAUCCAGUAUUUGGAGCUUAAAAGUAUUAAUUGCAAAAAAUUUUCACUGUAUUUUACUUUUAUGAGUAAUUUAUAAUGUUCAGGUCAAGCAGUUUCUGCAUUGACAACAAAUAUUUCUAUUAUUCAGUCCCAAUUGUGUCAAGAAAAAAGAAAAAUUAUUUAUGACAAUAAUUUUUAAAUACAAAAAUUAAACAUUUUUAGUAAUAAACUUAGAGGAUCACCAAAGAUGUAUCAAGCAAUCAGUAAGUUGAGGUGUGGGUACAAAAAUAACUAGGAUAAAUCCCCUCACAUUUAAAGAAUAUAAGUACAAAUCCUCAUCUUAAAAUCAGUUAUAAUGUAAAUUGGUGAGUAUAUAUAUAUAUAUAUAUAAGAUUACUAAAAUUAAACUGGUUUUCUAAAAAAAAAAAAAAAAGGCUUCCUGAGUCACAGAAAUUUAAUGUUUACAAGGUAGAAUAUUUACAAUAUAGCACUUCUUUGUUAGGUAACUUCUUCAUGGGAGUUGUACAUUCAAGAACUAUAUUGACUUAGGCAUAUAACCGUUUUUUUUCAUUUAUUGUAAGACCACGUGCAUAUUAGGUAAAGUUUUGGAUUUGACCAAAGGGAUAGACUAGUUAAGCACAAAUGCAGUACAAAAGGCAUUCACAUGGAAGUUGUUGAAAUUUAUGGAGUAGUCGAUGCCCAAGAAAUCUCGCCACUUUAGAUUUAAAAGUUAUAUUUGCUUGGACUUUUAACCCUUAAUGGAUGGAUUGGUCCUCGGGAGUAGUAAUAACAGGUUUUGGGGUGGUGGACGUAUUGAUCCUGUAGAAAAAUAAUAUUACACGCCAUCAAUUUGAAAGAAUCAGGCGGGAAAGAGGUGCCAAUACUUUUAUAGCCCAUAAAUUCACUAAUCACUGGCUAAUACCAUGAGUGUGGGUGUCUCAGGACUUCAAUACAAUCUCCGUAGUGCUUGUGACUUAAAGGGAGAAGGUUCUGCGUCUCUCACAUGACGUCAUUUUGUAAAUUUGCUCGUAGAUAUACUAAGGGGUUGGUGUUGUUUUUGUUCUUGUCUUUUAUGAUAGUAUGUCGGUUGUAAAUGUAAUUUUACAAAGAAAAGUGGAAAUAAAUAUAUUAGAAAAAAUAUGAAAGUAAAAAAAGUUACUGAAUCUUCGGUCUCUGUAAAUUUACAUAAAUGCUUUUCAACAAAUAUGCUAAGAAUUUGUCACUGCUUUUAUUUCUUAUCUGUUUUGAUAUUGUGUGAGCAGUAAUUAUAAUUUUACAAAAUAAAAUAAAUUUAUAUAUUAGAAAAACAUAAGUUUGUAGAAUUUAUGAAUGUCUUGUAAAAGAGGCCCCAUAAGUGGUUGUAAAUAGCCAUUUUCAAUUUCUCGUGGAAGGUAAGGAAAAUUUUUUAGAAUUUUUUCUUUCACCAUGUACAUUUGCAUAUCUGCCUCUUUCCAUGGAUUUUUUUUUUUUUUUUUUUUUUUUUUUUUUUUUUUUUUUUUUGCUGCCCUCAAUGUUUACCAGGCCUGAGGAGCUGCAUAACGAUAUAUUCACUCAUCCAGUAAGGGUUAAAAUGUCCUUCUAGUAUGUGCAGUAGGGACUUUAGACCCAAAUCUUUGCAAAUAACUUGUGAUGUCGUAUGUUAUUUGUGAAUAAAAUUCUUGAGUAUCGAUUACUGCCAAGUAUACUGUACAAUAUGAAAAUAAAGACUUAUACUACUACUCUGAUAAAUGUACAUAGAAUAUAUUGAAUUUUAAGAAAAUAAUGAUCAAAGUUUACUGUGCAAGAAAAGUUAUUUUUGCAUAAUGUUUACUCAAAAAUAUUUGAUAUUGCCAAGUAGAUUUCUAAGUUUAUAUGUUCAGACUAGGUGCAUGCAUCAGUGCAUAGUUUGCAAGGUAUGUAAAAGAUUCUGAUCCUCCUCUCAAGUUCCCAGUACAGUACUGAUUUUCAUAAACAGUAAUAUAGAGUACUUAUAGUAGUGAUCAGAAGCCCCAAGGCUCUGGAAAGUGUCAUUUUCGCAUGUUGCAAUGGAUAAUAUUAGGCAUUCUGUUUCUUCAUUCAAGAAUGGAAUACAUAUUUUAUCUCUUAAUAAAUCUUAUUGAAAAAUGCUGUAUACUUUAUAGAUUUUUAAGCUCUUUGUUGCCAAAGCUUUUGUGUUGAGUAUUAUUAGUUUAUUAAAAGGGCUUAAGAAUUAUACAUUAUUUAAAUGAUAUACUUACAGUAAUGUAUUGAAAUAAGAUGUAAUAUUAAAAUCUAUAUUUUAGAAUUAAUGGCUGCUAAAUUGUUUGUUAUGUUAGAUAGCAGCCAAUAUUUGUUUGCUUCUUUAUAGUAUCAAAAGAUAAUGUGCAGUGAAGAGCAUCCAUUUGGUUGGAAAGUUAGAUUGUGAUAUACAUUACUUCAGAAAGAUAGAAUUUCUUUGCUGACAGCACUGAAUGACCUUAAAGAUUCCUGAUCAUUGGCCAAGAUUCCGUAUUCAUUCAGUCAUUUGUGAAUGUAUGGAAUAUCUGAUUAACUUUUUCUACAAAUAUUUCAUGUAUGAAAGUCUGAUGGCAGAGAAGAUGAGCUAAGCUAGCUGGAAUGAUUCUGAUCGGAAGGCUUGUAUAGAAAUGCAGUUCUCAGAAAUAGUUGUCAUCAUUUCAUGAUUGUCAUAUAUAGUCAGAUUUGGAGAUGGAACUUUAUUAAGAUUGCAUUUAGUUUUUUGUUUAAGUUUAAAAUGGUGUGUCUAAUAUUUUUCAUUAAUGCUGGUAGUAUAUGAGUUAUUUUGAAGAAGAAAUUGAAAUUCUAAGAGGACUUGAGAAUACGUACUGUCAACAGAAAUAAGGAAAUUGUAUUGAGUUAUCAAACUCAUCUGUAAAGAUUGUAAAUAAGAAAUAUUGCACUUGCAAUGUGCAUAUGUGUGUGACAAAUUGGAAUUCAGAUUACUGUUCAGAGGUAGAGAUUUUAUAGAUAGGGAUACAUAAUCAUAAGUGGAUAGUGGCAUUCAUAGUUUUACUGAUGUAAGGAGCGGCAUGUUGUAAGGGAUGGUAUGUUGCAGUUUUGGAAUUUCAGAUUGCAGCUAAGAGUUGUACUGUUCAAGCUGAAUUAUAGAGCAAACUUGGUUAACGUUUUGCAAUCGCUAUAACUUUAGACAAGUUUUGAUAAGUGAUUGAUUGAGCAGACUACAGUAUAUCAAAGAUAUAUACAUCUUUUUGAUUUAUUUUGAGUUUAGAUUACUUUGUUAUUAAGCCUUUUGUUGUGUUCACUACCCUGUAUAUUGUUUUGUUGGUAAGGAUAGUUUAAUAUUUUUAGAUUGAGUUGUAAUAAAGCACAAUACUGUACUAUCAUAUAGAUUUAUAAAGCAAUGUCUGUGUACUUGAUACAAGUAAUAUAGCCAGCCAGUAAGCCAGUAUUAGAAUGAUAUGAUAACUGGUCUUCAUUACAUUAGUAGAAUGAAUUUCUCUCAUUUUUGCUUCUUUCUGUAUGUCAUUGAUAUUAAAAGCUUGUUCUCUUUGUAACUA